UACUACUACUGCUGCUGCUGAUGUCAACAGUCAACAUGAACUUACUCAGCAGUCUCAGCUAGUCUUCCCAGGUGGUUCAACGAGUACGUAACACAAGGACCACGUUGGUAAUUGCACGAAUGCUAAAUUAUAAACCUGUAUGGCAAGUAUGGAGAAACCAAAAGAUAAAAGCGAUGACGUGGGAUUUGAUUUGCACAUGUUCCAACGGUUACUCAAGAUCCUCGGUGUUAUUUUCCCUGGAGUUUUAUCAGUUCCCUCAGGGCUCUUCUUCCUCCUCUUGUGCCUUAGCUGUCUAGAGCAGUACCUGGUAUACUACAUGGGCCUUGUUCCAAGCAAAUAUUAUGGUGUUUUUGGAGGAAGAGAUUUUGAUGGUUUUGUGUUGUUAACACUUCAGUCCUGUGGUCUUAUAGUUGCUAUCUCUGGGGCAAAGGCUGUGAAAGAUUACAUCAAUAAUGUUUUGUACGUUACUUGGAGGCAGCUUCUAGGACGUGGUCUUCAUCGUUUGUAUUUCUUUGGGAUCAAUUAUUACACUCUCAACGUUCUAAACACAACAAUUGAUAAUCCGGAUCAGCGCAUGACCCAAGAUGUUGACAAGCUCUGCUUCACCUUGGCAGGAAUUACAACAAAGGUUAUCAUAAGCCCUUUCCAAAUAGGGUAUUACACUCACCAAACUUUUGCAGUGGCAGGAUGGCUUGGAUUGCUAGCUAUCUAUGGCAUGUUUUUUGUUGGAACUGUUGUUAACAAGUUUUUGAUGUCUCCGCUUGUGAAGUUUGUUGUAAGGCAAGAAAAACGUGAAGGAAAUUUUAGGUUUAAGCACAUGCAAGUGCGUGUGAAUGCAGAAUCAGUUGCUUUCCAUGUAUCAGGGUCAGUUGAAUCUCGCAAAACAAAUCAAGCGUUAGAUCUUCUUAUACGUUCACAGCAAAAGCUCUUUAAUCGACAGAUCUGGUUGACUUUCUUCAAAAAUAUUUUGGACUAUUUUGGCUCCAUUGUAUCUUAUUUGGCUAUAUCAAUGCCAAUAUUCAGUGGCAAGUUUGAUGACACUGAAGAUAUUUCUACCAUUGUUAGUGCUUAUUCCUUUGUUUCGAUGUACCUAGUUUAUAGCCUUACAUCCUUAGCUGAUCUUACAACCAAAGUUGUGCUGUUAUCUGGAGUAACACAUCGAGUGGCACAGUUAGUAGAGUGUCUUCUGAAACUUCAAAGUGAUUGGGACAUUUCAACUUUACAGGCAUCAUCAUCUUUUACCAACAUUACCCAGAAGUUCCGAAAGUCAACUGAACCUCAUGCAUCUUCAGGUGAUGCAGAAUGUUUGGUUAAUGAUGAUGAUGAUGAUGAUGUCACCCAAGUAUUUGGAGGAGAUUACAGUGCUCUAGAGUAUGCCUUCAUUUUAAAUGAUGUAACAAUUAUUGCUCCAGGGGGCAGUGAACCACUAGUGAAAAAUUUUCAUCUAGAGGUAAAAAAAGGUGAAAAUAUUCUUUUCAUGGGCCCUAGUUCCUCUGGCAAGUCCAGUAUCUUUAGGGUAAUGCUUGGCUUAUGGCCUUCAUCCCAUGGUACAGUUGCACAUGAUUUUGCUCCGGGCCCAAAAACUGUGAUUUUUGUUCCUCAGAAACCAAUGUUAACAAAUGGCUCACUUACUGAACAGAUAAUCUACCCCUUGAGGCUGGAUCCAGGGAAUCCAUUAAGUGACGAUGUAUGUAGAGGAAUUUUGCAUCUUCUGCAGGAACUGCACAUGACUGGUCUUGUUGAGAGAUGUGGUGGCCUUCACAAUGAUCCAGAGUGGAACUGGGAUGAUGCCUUAUCUCCUGGAGAAAUGCAGAGAGUGUGUUUCGCUAGAGUACUUUUCCACCGACCUCAGUUUGCAUUACUGGAUGAGUCAACAAGCGCUUUAAGUCUUGAUGUUGAAAACUACUUGUAUCAAGCAUGUUUAGACCUCAAUAUAACUAUAGUUAGCAUAGGACAUAGGGAAACUUUAUUAAAGUAUCAUGACACUUUAAUUACCCUUGAUGGGAAGGGUGGUUGGAGGAAAGAUGAAAUUCGUGUUGGCUCCUAAAGUUGUCCUGAUUUUUAGUGACAAGUGUAGUAAAGUGACAAGUACAAAGAAAUGCUAUGAAGAGAAAUACUUGUACAUUAAUUUAGAUGUAGUGCUAUAGACAAAUAAUUUUUAUCAAAUAUUUUAGUAUUUUGUGUUAAUGAGGUUAUAACAUAAAGAGUUAUGACUGUUUUUUUUUAAUGAAGACAUAUUACAAAGUUCCUUACCUUGAAUUGAAGUAAAUAUAUAAUGUAUACAGUA